GCUAGGGAACAGUGAGCAGCCAGUGAAGCAUCCAGCCUGCCGAACAAGCUUGCUUUUAGGGUCAGGAACUGGUCUGACAAGAGAAUGGCAAUCCUGCCUUUAAACUGUCAUUAGGACUCUGUGGCUGACGAUGAAUCCGCCGCCUCUUCAGGCCUGAAGGCUCAGCACUGAACAGGAGAAUGUGAAGACAUAUUACAGGACAUUGUGAGUGCUACUAAAGAUGUCUGAUAGUGUCGAUAUUGAAGAGAAACCACCAGCCCCCCCCUUGAGAAUGAACAGUAGUUCCCGAGACUCUUCAUCAGUGAAUCACGCCUCUAAACCACUUCCAAUGGCUCCCGAAGAGAAAAACAAGAAAGUCCGCCUGCGCUCCAUCUUCCCCGGGGGAGACAAGACAAACAAGAAGAAGGAGAAGGAACGCCCUGAGAUCUCCCUGCCCUCAGACUUUGAACACACCAUUCACGUUGGCUUUGACGCAGUAACAGGGGAAUUCACAGGUAUACCAGAGCAGUGGGCACGGCUGCUACAGACCUCAAACAUCACCAAGCUGGAGCAGAAGAAGAACCCGCAGGCCGUGCUCGACGUCUUAAAGUUCUACGACUCCAAAGAGACCGUCAACAACCAGAAGUACAUGAGCUUCACGUCCGGAGACAAGUCGGCGCAUGGGUACAUAGCAGCGAAUACUCUGAACCGACUGCUGUCAUCUGGGCCUCCUGUCAGCCUUAGAACCUGCAGCGCAUUAUUUGACAAGGGUGCCAAAACGUCAUCGUCGGAGCCCCCGAUUGCGCCGCCCGUGUCAGAGGAGGAAGAUGAAGAGGAGGAAGAGGAGGAGGAGGAGGAAGAGGACGAGGACGAUGAUGACGAACUACCCCCAGUCAUUGCGCCCCGACCCGAGCACACCAAAUCUAUCUACACACGCUCUGUUAUGGACCCACCAAAGCCUCCCACCCCCGUGAAAGAGGUGCUGACUCCACCGGAGUCGCAGGUUCAGCCGGAGAACACAUCCAACACAAUGUACCGUCACACUGACCGGCAGAGGAAGAAGUCCAAAAUGACAGACGAAGAAAUUCUGGAGAGACUCAGGAGUAUUGUGAGCGUGGGGGAUCCCAAAAAGAAGUACACGCGCUUUGAGAAAAUAGGACAAGGAGCGUCGGGCACCGUGUACACUGCCAUAGACAUUGCGACUGGCCAAGAGGUGGCCAUUAAGCAGAUGAACCUGCAGCAGCAGCCCAAGAAAGAGCUGAUCAUAAAUGAGAUCUUGGUCAUGAGGGAAAACAAAAACUCCAACAUAGUGAACUACCUGGACAGCUACUUGGUGGGAGAUGAGCUAUGGGUAGUGAUGGAGUAUUUGGCUGGUGGCUCAUUGACUGAUGUAGUAACUGAGACCUGCAUGGAUGAGGGCCAGAUUGCAGCAGUCUGCAGAGAGUGUCUUCAAGCCCUGGACUUUCUUCACUCCAACCAGGUGAUCCACAGAGAUAUCAAGAGCGACAAUAUCCUUCUGGGCAUGGAUGGAUCUGUCAAGCUUACCGACUUUGGCUUCUGUGCUCAGAUCACUCCAGAACAGAACAAGCGCAGCACCAUGGUGGGAACGCCCUACUGGAUGGCACCAGAGGUUGUGACUCGAAAGGCCUAUGGGCCCAAAGUGGACAUCUGGUCUCUGGGAAUCAUGGCGAUAGAGAUGGUUGAGGGAGAACCACCCUACCUGAAUGAGAAUCCACUCAGGGCGCUGUACCUGAUAGCUACAAAUGGGACUCCGGAGCUGCAAAACCCAGAGAGGUUGUCAUCCGUGUUCAGAGACUUCCUCAACCGCUGUCUGGAGAUGGACGUGGACCGCAGAGGCUCUGCCAAGGAGCUGCUCCAGCACUCCUUCCUCAAGCUGGCGAAGCCUCUAUCCAGCCUGACGCCUCUGAUUGUAGCUGCGAAGGAAGCCAUAAAGAACAGCAGUCGCUAGGGUGUGCUCCCUAUCCGCACCCGAGGCUGGACCCUUGCCUGUGACGUGUCCGCUCAUGUGGGAUGGGGUUUGGGUGUGUGUGCGCUGCAGGGCGAGGGGGUUUGUGUGACUCACGGUGACGGCACGAGGACAAACGCCCCCCAGGCCUCACAUGUAGGAUGGACACCUGGCCUUGCGAACUCUCGGCCCAUGCUGCUGAAAAAGACCUUGCCUCCUCGUUUACUUCUCCAGCACUCUGUACAUGUAGAGCAGCCUAUCACAAGUAUGUGUAUGCGAGUGUGUGUGUGUGCGUGUGUGUGUGUGUGUGUGCGUGUGUGUGUGUGUGUGUGUGUGUGUGUGUGUGUGUGUGUGUGUGUGUGUGUGUGUGUGUGUGUGUGUGUGUGUGUGUGUGUGUGUGUGCGUUAGUGCACAUCGCGGUGCGUCCUAUGUCCCGUCUAGGAGGCAGUUGCUUCCAAACAAAAAUAAAAAGGGGUUAAAAUAUUGUGCUCAAUUUCAAGAAGAGGCUUCGGGAGUGAGGAGGUGAAACUGACAGGAUUCCUCGCUGCUGAGCUUUAGGCCCGGUCCUAAACCCACCGAGGAGCGCGAUGAGGCCACACCGACACCUGAUGUGAGAGAGGGACUCUGGGCCCAGUGUUUGCCUGCAUGACUAUGACUCUGUAAAGAAACCGAGCUACUGCGCUGCAGAUUGUCACAUCCCAAGGUGGCAUCUUUCCAUGUGUGUGUGUGUGUGUGUGUGUGUGUGUGUAGGGGUGCAGCUACAGGGACUGAGGUCAGUAAUAAUUUCACUUUACCUAUGCCAGCUUUAAACACAAUUAAUCCAUUUUGUAAUAAUACAGAGAUACAGGUCCCACAUUUCAUUCCAGCCUCACCUGCAUUAGUGAUGGUUAGUUGAAGUUAAGUUACUGACGUGCGCUGGCUCUCAGACUCACAUGUGGUCAUUAGAACCCUGCAACGCUUCAAAUUUGUCUCGUCAUUUGUGACCUUUGUUGACGUAGGCACGGGCACAUAAUGAAUUCCAUACCAUGGACAGUAAAGACUUGUCACAACAUUUUACAUUUUAAAGACUGUCUGUUUCAUUAACAAUGUUUAACUUUUAAUCUGCUAAUUAGACAGAACAUGUGAAACAGACGAGUGCAUGGAUCGUGAUUGAACAUCUCAAAUAGGAUCAUCCAUAGAUAUUUAUUAUGCCUUUCUAUGUUGUGUGUCUCUAAUGAUUUGAAGCCGUUUCUCUAACAAAUAAAUGUCUAGAAGGAAGGAAACAAACAGUAAAUCUGAGAUUUAAAGUAUAGUCUUUAUUGUUCCUUGUUUAUGGUGCUGGGACACGGUGGACAGUAUGUAGCCCUAAAUCCACACAUUUCAUUGUUUUUGUCUCUCUUUUCUAUGACAUUAUAAAACAGACGAUCAUGUAGUUAUUUACUUACAGUGAGUUAGAGGUCUAUGGACACGCUUCGCCACAGUUUUAUCCUCAAUCAUCUCUGUAUCCUGUGACAAAAGGAACAAGAUGGAACAUAGAAACAAUAGAUGGAUUGAAGAUAAAUAAUAUUUAUUUAGUCCACAACAAAACAUGUCUGUUUGCAUGUGGUCAUUUGAAUAAAUCUACCAAUUUUUUGUAUUACUAUUAGGAGCUGAAAUAUAAAACACAGACAAAAUAGUUUGUUUCUGUUUUUCUCUGAUUCAAACAGUGAUUUGGCAGAUUAGACCACUAUGCUGUGACCACAGUCUGAAUUGAAUGCCGGCAUUAUCUCGACCCACUGUUCCAGGUGAACGUUCACGUCCGAGUGGUUGUUGUUCAUCUACAGUCGGAUGAGGCUUCGCUCCUUUGUGCUUGGUUUUUUUUUCAUGCUCUCUCUGACUUCGUUGGUGGUUUGUGUGUGGUUUUCUGGACGCGUGGCACAUGGUUGCACUGGUACCGAGUACAAGUGCCAACCGAUGAUUGUAAACUGUCCCGAUGAGAGCUGAGAAGCGCGUUGGCGGUGUCUCAUUCUUUGCUGACAUCUGUUUCCCGCAUGCGGACUCCUGUACAGACGUUCUCCAUGUGUCAGUAUGCGCUCGCUCCAGCAGCCGUGUCCCGUGUGCUGUGCUGUGCAUCCCUCUGUGCGAGAGCGUGCGACUGUGUGUGUACGAGGGCUACCUCAACCUGCACUAGAAUAUGCCUCACGCGUGUGUCCACCUUGACUCUGAGGUGCUGGGUAGCUGCUUAGUCACACUGUACCUCUAUUGUACAGCAAAUGUACAGAGAAGAUCAAGGAGUGACGUUAGGAGGAUGCAACAGACUUCAUGCAUGUAAAACCAACUAUACACUGUAUCUCAUCUUCGAAUAGGUUAAGAUUGUUACGUAUGUAUGUAUGUAUGUAAAUAUAAUGGGAGAACACCCCUUUUUGAGAAGUAUGUAACGUAAAAUGACAAUAUUCAGGUUGCUAUGGUACUUAUCAAUACAUGUUUUGCACCCUGGAAGUCAAAAGAAGUGAAGAAGAAGCAACCCCCACACACUCCCGGAUGCAGCGCUCCUGUUUGGGCUUUAUCGGACUCUCCUCCACCGGGACAGAGCCAACGAAGGCUGGAUUCUGUGUGCGGGCCCACACAGUCUGAGUGUCGGUACGUGCGCGUGGCCCGCCGGGGCACUUCACUGACCCCGGGACCUUUGGCCUCUGCCCCAUGUACAGGUCUGAACUAUGAGCACAAAGGUGAAUUAUGGGACGAGCCGCCGCUGACGUGCCCCUUCUCUGUGGUUGCUCCUGUACAUUCCUAUCUUCUGAAUGUGUAAACCUGUACAUGUGGUGUGAAAAUUCCUCUAUUAAUGUGUAUCAAGAGAAUGGAACAAAGACAAAAAAUGUUACUUUUUAAAUUAUUAUUAUCAUUAUUAUUAUUAUUACUCUUAUUAUUGUCUAGCUUUGUAAAACUGCUGAUCCAUCUGGCAUACCUCAGCAGGCCUUUCCCCAUCUUGGAAAAAGGACAAAAGAUGAUGGGAAAAUGAGGUUUUGGAUAAACUAUUUUUAAUUGUGGUUGAAGCAAUAGACUUUUUGAACUUUGAAUUGUGCAUGGCUGUGUCUUGAGUGUAAAAAAAAUAUUGCAGUUUGGGAACUGGACGGAAAUAAAAAGCGGAAGAAAACCCAA